AUGAAAAGAGUUCCCAUCUGGGCAAUCUCCAUUUUGAUCCUUCUCACUUUUCAAAGAUCGAACUCGGUGGAGGACGACGUGAAGAAGGCGCUGAUCGAGUUCAUGGACAAGCUUUCACAUGGGACUGCAGAGAGACCAAGCAACUGGGGUUGGAACAUGACUUCAGACCCUUGCAGAGACAAAUGGAUUGGUGUUAUUUGUGAUGAUGGGCUUAACAAGGUGAAGAGAAUAGUCCUCGAAGAUCUCAAUCUAACGGGAGCUUUUGAUGCAAAUUCUUUUUGCACUGUGAAGUCCAUUACAGUCCUGAGUCUACAACGCAACAAGAUCAUUGGACAGAUUCCAAGUGAGAUCGAGAACUGCCAGUCCUUGACUCAUUUGUACUUGACCGGAAAUCAAUUCUACGGAAAACUUCCCGAGUCGCUUUCCAUGUUAAGCAACUUGAAAAGAUUGUAUAUAAGAGAUAACAACUUCUAUGGAGAGCUUCCAAAUCUUCCGCGCAUAUCAGGCUUGACAGCUUUCCUGGCCGAGAACAACCAGCUAAGUGGUCAAAUACCGCCUUUUGAUUUCCCAAACUUCGAUUACUUCAACGUCUCCAACAACAACUUCAGUGGACCAGUUCCUGAUGUGCAAGGCAAAUUCAAAGAUACUAGCUUCUUGGGCAAUCCUUACUUGUGUGGAAAGUCACUGCCAAAUGAUUGUCCACCAAUAACUACUAAACAGAAGCCAAGAAAGUCUUCAUCUAAGCAGAUUCUUGUCUAUUCAGGUUAUGUAAUUCUUAGCUUGGUUGUUUUGCUCUUUGCCAUAUUCAAGUUCCUCAUAAAAAAGAAGCCUAAAGAAGAAAAGAAAGACGAGGUUAAGAAGCAGAAUGUUGCACUAGAUAAAAAUAGUACCAUGCCUAGUACUAUCACUUCCUCGGAAUUCAGGAAUGGCAAGUCAGAAUACUCUUUGACAUCCAUUGAAAGUGGGAGGAUUCCUUCUCUUAUAGUUUUGAUGAGUUCUAUGACUAGUGGUUUGACAUUUGAGGAGUUGCUUAAAGCUCCAGCUGAGUUACUUGGGAGAGGAAAACAUGGAAGCCUUUACAAGGUCAUGCUUGAUAAUGGGGUGUUCUUGGCUGUGAAGAGGAUCAAGGAUUGGGGGAUUUCGUGCAAGGAUUUCGAUAGGCAGGUGAGGAGGUUGGACCAAGUGAGGCAUCAGAAUGUGCUGCCACCCAUUGCUUUUUAUUGCUCGAGGCAAGAAAAGCUCUUGGUUUAUGAGUAUCAGCAAAAUGGUAGUCUCUUCAAACUUCUCCAUGGAUCUCAAAGUGGGCAAAUAUUUGAGUGGGGGAGUAGACUAAGUGUUGCAGCCAGUAUUGCUGAGGCAAUGGCCUUCAUGCAUGAGGAGCUUCAUGAGGAUGGCAUUGCUCAUGGCAACCUAAAGUCCAUGAACAUUCUCUUCAACAAGACCAUGGAUCCUUGCAUUAGUGAAUAUGGUCUCAUGGUUGUUGAGAACCAAGACCAGUCAUUUCUCUCUCCACUCAACAGCAUAAUAACACAAGAGGACUUUGAUGGGGCCCCACCAUAUAGCACCUUCAAGGUUGACAUCUAUGCCCUUGGGGUGAUUCUUUUGGAGCUUCUUACUGGGAAGUUGGUUCAGAAAAAUGGGUUUGAUUUGCCUGGUUGGGUUCAGUCAGUGUUGAGAGAGGAAUGGACUGUUGAAGUGUUUGAUAAUGCCUUGAUCUCAGAAGGCGCUAGUGAAGAAAGGAUGGUGAACUUGUUGCAAGUUGCACUUAAGUGCAUAAAUCCUUCUCCUAAUGAAAGGCCUAAAAUGGGCCAAGUUUUUCAGAUGAUAAAUGCCAUAAAAGAGGAGGAAGAGAAAUCCAUAUCAUUUGCACCAUGA